AAAACUCAUCUCUCGAUCUUUGUCUACUGGUUUCACGAUCUUUGUUGCCAAAAAGAGAAGGGCCUCUCGAGACAAGUGUAGAGUCAGGAUUACAAAGAGACUACACCAACUUCCUCUUCUCGACACGACCCUCCGUCAUGUCUAGGCCAGCUAUGUGUCCUUCUUGCCACGUUUCAUCACUCUCUUCCACUAUAUAUACACACUUAGACAUCCCUCAUGUUUUUGCCUUAUCCACUCCAGAGAGCCAAAGGUAACAAUGGUUGGUGCAAAUAAGAAACAACGAACGGUCCACGCUAGUUCGAGGAAAGGCUGCAUGAGAGGAAAAGGUGGACCCGAUAACGCAUCUUGCACUUACAAAGGCGUUAGACAACGCACUUGGGGAAAAUGGGUCGCUGAGAUCCGUGAGCCUAACCGAGGAGCUCGUCUUUGGCUUGGUACUUUCGACACCGCCCGCGAGGCUGCCUUGGCUUAUGAUUCCGCGGCUCGUAAGCUCUAUGGGUCCGAGGCUCACCUCAACCUCCCUGAGUCCUUAAGAAGUUACCCGGAAACAGUGUUGCCUGGGACACAAGCAUCCCAUACGCCAAGCAGCAACACCGGUGGAAAAAGCAGCGACUCUAUCAACGAGGAGUCGCCUAGUUCAUCCAACGAGAUGUCAUCGUGGGGAACAACAGAGGAGAUAUCAUGGGAACAUAUGAACGCUGAUUUACCUGUGACCGAUGAUUCUUCUAUAUGGGAAGAAGCUACAAUGUCGUUGGGGUUUCCAUGGGUUCAUGAAGGAGAUGACAUUUCUCCGUUUAGUACUUGUAUUAAUGGUGGCUAUUCUAAUUGGGAUUCCUUUCAUUCGCCACUUUAAGGUUUCACUAAACUCUCUUAAUCAAAACCUUAUCAUAUACAAUAUACAUACACUAAAUAAUCAAUGUGAUAUAGGCAUAUGUGUGAAUAAUAUAUAUAAACUUCGUGUAAUUAUAUAUGUACAUAUACAUGUGGUUUGUCUGUAGUGUAAAAGCAGAUUCUUACUACAUCAAAAACAUAAAAACGACAUUUGUUUGUCUCGAAUACAGACAUGGGUCAUGGGAAAUUUAGAAGUGCAAUGUAUCUGUGUAAUGAAAACGUGAUACUACAUUGUGUAACGGUUAAGUGUUAAAGACUGCAUGUCCGUUUCAUGUGGGCUUGACUAUUGUCUUGUUUGUUGUGUUGUAUCUUUUUUGUAUUCUUGUUGGUUGUUGCUGUCUCUUUCCAUCUUCCCUCGGCCUUUGUAUUAAGGUAAUUAACCUUGCGUGUCCUUACUCCAUGCGGAACAACUAUGGUGUUAUCCUAGAGAGAAACUUUAAAGCUAUGGUGUUAUCCUAGAGAGAAACUUUAAAGCUAUUGUGUUAUCAUAGUUUCUCCAGUCUAUUCUACUAUUGGUGCGUCUCUCGUAAUAUAAGUAUAGAGUCCGUGCGGAACAACUAUGGUGUUAUCCUUAGUAUAAAAAAGUAUACAUAGAAAUUUUUGUUUACUGCGGUUUGUAACAUUCAGACCCAACUUCAGAUCCAUAGUAUAUUGUUUUUUUUUAAUGAAGAUGUAUAUAAAGAGAACGAGAUAUAAUAUUCCAAAAUAUAAGUUUUUGACCUUUUGUUCAUUUGGUUUAAAUCAGUUUCAAGAUUUUAAAUACUUGAAUAUUAUUAUGUCAUUUUUAGCAAAUCCCUUUCUUUACUUGAAUUCAUAUGAACCGGCCCUAAUUGAAUAUCGUCACAAUGAUCAAUAGUUGUUACCUUAAAUGCAAAUUAUAACAUUCUAUUGAUGAUAUAAAAGCCAAAAACCACAAAAAAAAAUGUAACAAAAGAGCACUAAUUAUCAGCCAGAUAUAUAAAUAUUUGAAAGUCCCUAUCCAAGCCCCCACAUAGUCUUUAUCAUCAUCUUCAUCUACACCACCAUCCUCAUGAACAAUGAUGUCUCAUCCACUCUUUUCCCCCUCUAAAAAACCUUUCUUAGGUGAUUAAUAUUAUGAA